UCUUACAUCAUUUUGGGAUUUGAGUUUCAUUGUUGUUGAUAACAUGUUUUUGUUGUGUAUUGUUUUGGUUUUUUUUUUUUGAGGAGGGUUACCAUAACAGUGUUUUAUUGUGUAUGGGCUGGAUAUGAAGUGGAGUUUUGAUCCGUUGAAUGUCCUUGUAUAACUCGUGCCAAAAUGUUUGCAAGAUAUAAACUUUACAUGCCAAAGAAUACAUAUUGAGCUUCUACUUGGUUCGUGAAUCAUUAGCGAAGUUAUUUCCAUUUCCGUUGUUAAUAUGCAAAUCCCAUGUCAUUAAUGCAAAUUAUCAGGGCUUAGUUUGGUUGCGGUUUUUUUUUUUUUGGAGAACUGGCUUAGUUUGUAGUGUACAUGAGUCUCAUCGUAUAAAGGCUUAAAAUUUUGAUUGGCUAUGAAGGCAUCAGAGUCAUUUCUUGCGGCUUGAAAAAAUGAGGCUACUUUCUUUUGUGGCUGGAGGUCUUUGGGAACCAUUUGGGGCUGGCUUGGUGAAUGGGAAAUUUGAGAAAGCAUCGUUGUCCAAGUGUUCAUGGAAUUUGUGUCCUUUGUUAAGCCAUAUCUGGGUUCUUAUUGGCCAAAUUUCAUGUCCAUGUAUGCAUUGGCUUCUAUGCAUUGAACUUUUUCUGCUACCGAAUAGUGCUGGAAGAGUUAACUAUAGAGCGAGUCAGAUCAUAUUUUGCAUUGUGUGGGACAUGCAUAAUUGUUGGUGGUACUGUUACAUCUGGGCGCUGAAAACAGAGUUCGUGACCCUGCAAGGAUGUAAACGGCUCUGGUGAUGAUUUCGGUUGUCGUCAUGCUGUUGAUAUGUACUUCAUUUCUCAUUUGACGUGUAAAUAGCUUCUCUGGAGUUUGUUUUUCAUGUGCAUGAUUAGUGCUGCUUAGUAUUCAUACGAUUUUGCUAGUGCUUUAAGCAGGGGAAAGCUUAUUUCAUUGGUGCCGCUUAGACUGUCAUAGAGUUGCCGGUUCAUUGGUUGAUUCUGGGCAUCUUAUAACUAGCAAUUCUUUUGAAAAUGUAGGGAUGGUGAAUGGGUGGUUUCUUGGUUCUUAUCGGUGCUGCCCAUCUCACAACUAGAAAUUUUAUUUGGAAUUUACUGGAUGGAAUAUAGAUUUUGGAGACAAAUGUUCACAAAAUGCAGCUUAGGGUACGAUUCGUGAUGUGAUGCGAUGGACUUGUUCAAUCCUAGCAAGGAGAUGUUGAUGCAAGGAGAUUUAGAUCUGAACUCUGUACAGCUAUACACAGAUUCAUUUAAAGAAGUUAUAAAGAAGACAAUUCUCAAGCAGGAGGUUAUAUUUAGGACUCAGGUCCAUGAACUCCAUCAGUUAUAUAGGACACAGAAGUCACUAAUGAAGAAUCUUGGUUGUAAGGGGUGUGGUGCAUACAAUUCAUGGGAUGCAAAUGUGCAAUCAUUUUUACCACCUUUUACAAAUCCUACAAGAGUUGAACCGCUGGUGAAAGAAACAGGAAUUUCCUCAUUUUCCAAGGUGUUCUCAACACCUUCCACAAGCGAGGAGUUGUUAGAUGGGUGCCAAGAUGCAUAUUAUAGGCUUAAGCAGAGGCCUCUUGAUCUUCAGCUCUGUGCUGAUGAAUUCAUCAGCCAUGUCGAGGAGGAUCUCCCAAGCAUAGGACAUGCUUGGAAUCAUCGCUUAAGAGAACCCAUAGACUUUAAGCAUCCUCUCUCUUCUAAUUACUCUUCAGGUACUGAGGAGUUGAAGCUUUCCCUGACCACUGGAGUUGACUAUAGAAGAACAGAAGGUGCAUUGAGGGCUUGGUUUGAUAAGAAAACUCAUCAGUACUGUUCUGUGAUUGAUUUGGAAUCAGAUGAGAUGAUAUCAGAUGAUCAUGCAAAAUGCACACCUUCUGUUGGCGGUGCUGCUCCAGAAACUUAUUCCCCAGGCAAGCACAAGUCACUAGUUUCUGCCUUCUCCAAUUUAAUCUUCUCAACUAGAGCAAAGAAAGAUCCAUCUGUUGAGAUUGCAGAAAGCAGCUCUUUUCAAGAACAUAGUGAAUGCUGCCGAGAGCAGACCUCUUCGAAUGAAGGAAUUAUGGAGUUACAUGAUGAUAUCCUGUUUAAUAAUCUUUCCACCAAAAUUCAACAGUCCACUUCACAUCUAAAAGCUGAUUUGGACCUCAACAAAGUUUACCUCGAUGACCCGUCAUGUUUCUCAAAUGAUCCUCUAUUGGCCUAUCCUUCACCGGCCAGCUCAGCAGGUGUAUCUGCAGUAGUUAUUGGGAGCGUGCAGGAAGAAACUUGCCCAACCACUUCUUGGGAGAAACGAGUCAAUGGCUGCUCAAAUGAAAUUUCUGAUAUCCUUCAUGCUGCUCAAGUAGAUUUAAACAGCACAACUAGGAGCGCAAAUGUUUGGACUAGAAGUUCUGAGCAUAAUGGAAUAAGCAGUAGGGUAGUGAACCUUACAGGGCCAGAGCCCAUGGCCAGCUCCCCAGUAGACAUUUUUGUAGACAUUGGCAGCUGCAGUGGUGACCAUAAGAAUGAUAAUGUUGUGCUGAAGGCGAAACUUGCAAAUGGUCUUCUACAUGAUUUAAAUCAAAUGCGUUUAGCUGCUAUAGAAAUGACCUCUGAGAAGAGCCAAGUGGAAGACGCUGUCUUUUCAUGUGUAUAUCAGUCUCAAAAUGAUAGACAUGGAAAUCAAUCUCCUGUUUCAUGCAAGUCUGGCAUUUAUGAUAAUGAUUCAAACAGUGGAAAGACAGCGCAAUGUGGCAAUGUGUCUGGUGAUGUGAACACUGAUUUGAAAAGCCACUUAGGGGCACAAGUUGCUGAUGCCUCAUCAGAUGAGAAUGACCUAAGAACUUCCAACAGUUGUGAUUUGAAAAAUGAAUGCUACCACAAGAAAGAAGAAUCAGCUGAAGUGGAUGGUUUGAUGAAAAGAGCAGCUGAAUCACUUAUAAAUUUGUCUUUGGAGAAUUCAGUUUCCUAUCAAGAUUCUUCUGCCAAAGAAAUCAGAAAUGAGACUAGAGUGGAGCCCCAGUAUACUUGUGAUUCGUUUGAAUUAAUAGUUGUGGAUCUAACGGAGAGCAGUGUGGAUGAAAAUUCCGUGACAUCAAAGCCAUAUGAAGUAAAUGAUGUGGAGACAAAAGAUUUUGGCUCAAAGUUGAGACGGGGAAGGAGAAUGAAAGAUUUCCAGAAGGAGAUACUGCCUGCUCUGGCAUCUCUUUCAAGACAUGAAAUUCAUGAAGAUAUAAACAUUAUUGAGGGAGUUCUAAGAUCAAGAGAAUACCGCAAAAUCAGCGGCAAGAUGGCAAGAAAUGGAGAGAACUGGUCUCCACCGUUGAGAAGUAGACGGUCAAGACUCAAUUAUGCUGGACGGAGAAAUUGUUCAUCGAGGUUCAAGUAGAAGUCAUUAACAGCCUGAUAUCUAAUCACAUCCGUUCUAGAUCUACAGAGCAUCUUUGCAUAUAUAGCAGCACAUAUAGUUCCAUCUCAUUUCCUAGCUUUAGAAACAGAACGCGUUACUUCAAAUGGAUGGUUGGUCUUCAUAUUUUGUUCCAUUCUUAGGGCAAUAUUUUCCUUCACCACACCUAUCUUUGGCACCUUCAAUGCUUCUCUCUAUCUAUCACUUUUUCGUGUUUGUUUCCCUUGAUGAUGGCACUAAGUGAGAAAGUUGAUAUUUUGCUUCUUUACUGAUGGCAAAAGAAGUUGCUGACAGAAAAGUUUGCUCCUCGGUAAGGCUACUGCUGUUGUAUAUGUUAACACGCCCUUUUCGAUGAAUGACAUCGAAUUUUAGAAGUUGUUCCA